UUUUGAGGGUAGGGACGUUCCUACCCAACUUCUACAUUUGGCAAACAGCAGCAACUACAUAGUUUAUACAAAUGUCGAUCCGAAUACAAAUGCGCUGACACACAUAUUCAUGGCCCAUCCUGAUUCAGUGAGUAUAUUCUGGACUUAUUAUUGGUUUGUCGGCAUAGAUUUGACGUACAAAACCAACAGGUACAAGAUGCCGUUGGUCGAGAUGAUUGGCAUGACGCCGUGCAACAAUAACUUUCUAAUUGCGUAUGCCCUCAUGAAGGACGAGAAAGAGGCCAGUUAUGAUUGGGUUCUCGACAAGUUGAGACUUCUCAUAGGCUAUACG